CCGACUUGUUGGGGGUUAUGCUGACGAAGCGGAGCCGGCAGCGCCAGGAUGGUGCUGCUGGAGAGUGAGCAGUUCCUGACGGAGCUGACCAGGCUCUUCCAGAAGUGCCGGUUGUCGGGCAGCGUGUUCAUCACCCUGAAGAAGUAUGAUGGUCGAACUAAACCCAUUCCAAGGAAAGGUCCUGUGGAGGGCUUUGAGCCCUCAGACAACAAGUGUCUGUUAAGAGCUACUGAUGGGAAGAAGAAGAUCAGCACUGUGGUGAGCUCCAAGGAAGUGAAUAAGUUUCAAAUGGCUUAUUCAAACCUACUGAGAGCUAACAUGGAUGGCCUGAAGAAGAGGGACAAAAAGAGCAAGAGUAAGAAGAGCAAAGCAGCGCAGUGAAGGGCACCAGAUUUCUCGCUUUCACCAACUAACCACUGAAUUGCUAUUUUUCCUUUGGUUUUUACUUUUGGCCACAAGGCUGGGUUUCUGAUUUCCCUACAAUAACUGUUUUCAUGUGAGAUUAGGGUCAUUUUUGGAUGGAAGAAGGGCUGCAGUGUUUACAGGGUAGUUAUAAGACGCCAGUUUGUUUUAGAUCUGGCUAAGCGGUCUGUGUUGUAUGGUUGUAUAUUCCUGGAUAAUAGUUUAUAGUCUCUGUAGCCAUCUGUGAAGAGCACUGUAUCAUUAAACCUGUAUUUAUCA